UAUCUAAUAGUAAACAGAUUUCCCAGUAUCGGCUUUCCUCCGUUACUUCGAUAUGCUUCUCCUUUUAGUUGUUUUGUUGGCUUCCAUUGGGUUGUUUCUUUACCAAAGAAGGUCCUAUCAUGUCAUAAAUUGGGUCCUUUUUGGCAUGACCCCCGAUCUCAUUCUAAAUGCUUACCGUGUUCAUGAUUUCGUCACAGAUCUCCUCAAACUGAGCCAUGGCACUUUCAUGUUUAAAGGUCCUUGGUUUACUAACAUGGAUAUGCUCCUCACCUCCGACCCAACCAAUGUUCACCACAUCUUAAGCAAGAACUUCUCCAACUAUCCCAAAGGUCCCGAGUUCCGUAAGAUCUUUGAUAUCCUUGGAGAUGGAAUCUUCAACGCCGAUCAUGAUUUAUGGGAAUUCCAUAGGAAAACAAGCAUGUCUCUACUCAAACACCCCGACUUCAACUCUCACUUGGAAGAAAAUAUCAAAAACAAGAUAGAGAAAGGGCUUCUUCCUCUCCUUGAAUUCGUCUCCAAUAAUCAACAAGAGACGGAUAUGCAGGAGAUAUUUCAGAGGUUUACUUUUGACACUAUCUGUCUGUUGCUUUUAAAUUAUGAUCCUGAAACCCUGUCUCUUCAUUUACCAUAUAAUGCAUGCGAGAAGGCCUUCAUGGAAGCAGAAGAAUCUAUUUUGUGGAGGCAUUUGUUGCCGGAAAAUGUUUGGAAGUUGCAACGCAGAUUCAACAUAGGUAAGGAGAAGAAUUUAAUCGAAGCUUCUAAGGCUUUUGAUGAAUUUAUAUAUAAGUGUCUGUCAAGGAAAGAAAAUGAGCUCAAUGAUUUUGAAAGAGUAGAGAAAGAGGUCGGGUUGUUAAAAUACUUGAUCACUAGUUUCCAAGGUCAGCAUCACGGGACUUCAACGAACACAAGAACGUUUUUAAAGGACACCAUACUUAAUCUGAUGAUUGCUGGAAAAGACACCACAAGCACAGGUCUUUCUUGGUUUUUCUAUCUCCUCGCCCAAAACCCUAGCACAGAGAGCAAGAUCCGAGAGGAGAUUGAGAAGCAAGUGGGAGGUUCAAAAUGGAAAUAUCUUAAUGCAAAAGAGUUGGAUGGACUGGUUUAUCUCCAUGGAGGUUUAUGUGAAGCAUUAAGGCUCUAUCCUCCAGUUGCUUUGGAGCACAAGGCACCAUCAAAGGCGGACGUACUCCCAAGUGGGCAUGCAGUUAAUGAGCACAGUAAGAUAAUUCUAUCGUUCUACUCAAUGGGGAGAAUGGAAUGGAUAUGGGGAGAAGAUUGCUUGCAGUUUAAACCGGAGAGAUGGUUUUCAGAAAAAGGAGGUGUAAAGCACGAACCAUCUUACAAAUUUACAGCAUUUCAUGCUGGGCCACGAACGUGCUUGGGUAAAGAAAUGGGUUUAAUUCAGAUGAAAAUGGUGGCGACUGCAAUCAUUUAUCAUUACCAUGUAGAGUUGGUUAAGGAUCAAGAGGUUUGUCCAGCUGAUUCUAUUAUACUCCAAAUGAAAUAUGGUUUGAAGGUUAGGCUCUUUCCUAUUAGAGAGAUCAAAACUUGAGAUUAAGAAACCUAGCACGCAGGGUUUUUGGGCAUGCUUUUCAUGAAUUAAGUUUUUCUUUAUUUAAAAGCAAUAAUUAAAUGCAAGAAUUAUUUCUGAUAUCGUUACAGUGUUCUUGUAUAAUAUUGUAAGUUUAAAAAAUAUAGUGAUUGGUAUUAAUUGAAUUAUCGGUUGAUACCAAACAUAUGUUGAAAUUUAGCGGUGCACGUUUAUCAAAUUCAAGAGGUGGUGGGAGAGAGGAUGACAAAUGCUAAUAAACCCACACUAAUUACAAAUGUUUAUUUGUGUUUGUUUUUAAUGGAUAUAUUUCUUCAAUUCAA